AUGAAUGUCACCUCAUUUAUUGGAUUAUUAUUAUUAUUUUGUACUGUAUGUCUUUCCAAUAACUGCGAAAAUUAUACAGAUAGUAUAUGCACUAAUUGCUCUUUUGGAUAUUAUUUAGAUGAGGGUUCAUGUAUUGAGUGUUCUAAUAAAGAAAAUUGUAAAACGUGUUCUACUAAUUCAAGUGAAUGUUUAGUCUGUGAGUAUGGAUAUUAUCCAAAUGAGGAUGAAUGCUUGAACUGUUCUUCAAAAAAUUGUGGAGAUGAUUGUAAUACUUCUGACGGAACAUGUACUACCUGUAUUAAUGAUUAUUAUCCUGAAAAUGGUAUUUGUAAAGAGUGUUCUACUCUUGAUUCAAAUUGUCAAACUUGUUCUACUAAUUCAACUGAAUGUUUAGUUUGUAAAAGUGGAUACUAUCCAAAUGGAAAUGGAUGUGAAGAGUGUUCUUUAAAAGGGUGUGAGUCAUGUGAUUCAACGACUGGAGAUUGUUCAUUAUGUUUAUUAGAAUAUUAUUUAGAUGAGGGUUCAUGUAUUAAGUGUUCUAAUAAAGAAAAUUGUAAAAAAUGUUCUACUAAUUCAAGUGAAUGUUUAACCUGUGAAGACGGAUAUUAUCCAAAUGAGGGGGAGUGUUUAUCUUGUUCUUCAAAAAAUUGUGGAGAUGAUUGUAAUACUUCUAACGGAAUGUGUACUACCUGUAUUAAUGAUUAUUAUCCUGAAAAUGGUAUUUGUGUUGCUUGUUCUUCUAACACUAUGGGAUGUGCUUCAUGUUCAAAUACUCAAGCAGCUUGUUUAACCUGUAAAGAUAAUUACUAUUUAAAUGGAUUAGUUUGUUUAUCUUGUUCUUCAAAAGGAUGUGAACAAUGUGAUUCUGAAAAUGGAGAUUGUUCAUUAUGUUUAUCAGAAUAUUAUUUAGAUGGGAACUUAUGCAAAAGAUGUUCCAAUAAACCAAACUGUAAAACAUGUUCUACUGACUCAAAUGAAUGUUUAACCUGUGAAGAUGGAUAUUAUCCAAAUGGAAAUGGGUGUUCUACCUGUUCUUCAAAAAAUUGUGGAGAUGAUUGUAAUACUUCUGAUGGAACAUGUACUACCUGUAUUAAUAAUUAUUAUCCUGAAAAUGGUAUUUGUAAAGAGUGUUCUACUCUUGAUUCAAAUUGUCAAAGUUGUUCUGCUAAAAGUGGAGUUUGCCUAAAAUGUCAAAUAGGAUUUAACUUAGCUAGUGACCAGACCAAGUGUGUUAAAUGUGAGAAUAAUAUUGGUUGUGAAAUUUGUGAUCCAACAUCAGAAAAGUGUGGUGCAUGUAAAGACAGGUAUUACCUUGACCCAUCUUCUCAUCUUUGUGGCUCAUGCUCAUCACAUUGUAUGAAAUGUGUUUCUAGUAGUAAGUGCAUUUCUUGUGAAGACUCUUAUAUACUUUAUCAGGGUUCUUGUGUUCAAAAAGAGUGUGAUACGACAACAACAGAAAAUAUUGAUAUUACAUGUGGUGAAAACUGUAACUCUCUAAUAACAGACAAACCAAAAUGUUCACAUAUCAAUACACCAGCUGAAACAUGUGAUAAAAGUAAACAACGAUUAAAUGAUGAAGAGUGUAUCCUUUGUAAAGACGGGUAUUUAUUAAAUUCUAAUAGUUGCAUUGAAUUAUCAAAUUAUGUUCAAUGUAAUAGAGAAGUUUGUUUUACUAAAGAAGGUUUUUACCAAGAUGUCUCUUCAAAAGAGAUCAAAUCAUGUCUUAAUGAAUUUGAAGUUGGUAGCACUUCUUUUUGUAGAAUUUAUAAAGAGAAAGUAUAUCCUCUUAAAUGUUCAGAUAAAUAUUAUUAUUUAAAUAGAUACUCAGACUCAGUUCAAUGCGUUUCAUCAAUACCAAAUUGUAAGAAAUACAUUGGAAAUGAAUGUGUUGAAUGCGAAUCUCAUUAUUAUAUUGAAGGAGGUAUUUGUUCUCCUUGUAGUGAAGAAUGUUUGGAAUGUGAAGGAAGCGCAAAUACUUGUAUUUCAUGUGACACUACAAAAAGAUACAAAACCAACCAAACUUGUAAAUUAAGAACAGUCAAUGGGGUUGAUAUAUGCGAAAGAAUUGAUGUUAAUUUAACAACUUGUAAAAUAUGUGGUGAAAAUUAUUAUUUAAGUGAUACUGGUGAAUGUAUUGAAACUGUAGUACCUAACUGUGCUAAACAAGUUGGAACUGAUUGUGAAAAAUGUGUUAGUUCAUUUGUUAAAAAGAACAACCAAUGUAUUAAGUGUGACGGUAGUGUCACAAAUGGACUUUGUUAUUAUCCAGUAGGAUUGAAAAGUAAUAUUAAAACAGAAAUAGAAAAUAGUUGCUUGGUAAGAAAUGAAAUUGGAUGUGUUCGUUGUCAAACUGGGUAUUAUCUUGAUUCUACUACUACAACAUGUAGAGCAUGUAAAGAAGAGUGUAGUUCUUGUACAUCAUUAAAUCAGUGCAGUUCUUGUAAACCAGGAUAUUAUUUAAGUAAUGGUGAUUGUGUUUCAUCAUCAGGAAAUUGUAAUAGAUUUAUUAUAGGUAAUACUCAAAGUUGUUUAGAGUGCAAAGAAGGAUAUUAUAGAAAUUCUUCAUUAAUGUGUGAUGUAUGUCCAGAAGGAUGUCGUUGUGUAAAACCUGAUUUCUGUACUUCAUGUUUUACUGGAUAUUUCAAGACUCCUGAUAUGCUUUGGUGUGAAUCAACAAUUAGUUUAACUCAUUGUACAAAUAUUACAGUGGAAGGUUGUACAGAAUGUGAAGAAGGUACAUAUCUUUCUAAUGGACGAUGUAAAAAAUGUGGGAUAGGAUGUAAAACAUGCAAAGAAAGUGGAGAUGAUUCAUGUACAUCAUGUAAAGAAGGAUUUAUCAGGUCAUCAGAAAGCAAAAUAUUCUCAUGUUCUUAUUACACCAAUGUAUCAAACUGUUUACAGGAAGAGAAUGAGCAUUGUGUUUUAUGUUCUAGAAGAUACAAAUUGAGUGAUAAUAGGUUAAAAUGUGAAGAAAAAUCAAUGACAGGUAUAAUUAUUGGAUGUGUUUUAGCAGGUAUUAUUAUAUUGUUAAUUAUUAUUACGACAAUAUCAUUAAUUCUUUUCAUUAGAAUAGAGCGUAGUAUAAAAAAAAGAAGUGCAGAAGCAAUCUGUGUCUUUAAGAUGAAAUAUAGUAAUGUUCAAUUUACAGAGUUUAGUCCAAAUUCUCCAUUAGUAAUUAAUAAGAGAAAUAUAACAUUUGAUUGUGAAACUGUAUUUUUACCUGUUGGAAGUGAAACAAAAGAUAUAAUAUGUGUUGGUAAUAGUGGGAAAAAUGAAAUCAAAGUUCAAUUUACAUCUAAAGAACAAAAUGAUAAGUUCCUUUUAAGAAUUCAACCACCAUUAGUUGCACUUGAUGGAGGGUAUGCGUGUGAGUUUGAAAUUUUUAUUCAACCAUUGUGCACAUGUAAGAUAGAAGAGAAGUUAUCAGUAAUUGGAUUUGAUAUGAAAGAAGGAAAGGAGAUAGUGGAACCAGUCACAAUAAAAACUGAAACAGAAAUGACGACCAAACUUGAUCCAGAUGAAUUGGUUCAAGAAAAGAAAAUAGGAGAAGGAACAUUUGGAAUAGUUUAUCUUGGAAUUUUUAGAGGAAAUAAAGUUGCUAUUAAAAGAAUGAAAGAUAUACAAGAUGAUGAAGAUGCAUUAAUAGAAUUUGAAAAAGAAAUAUCAAUGUUAGAUAAAUUUAGAUGUGAUUAUAUUAUUCAUUUUUAUGGAGCAGUAUUUAUUCCUAACAAAAUAUGUAUGGUAACAGAAUUUGCAGAAUUUGGAUCAUUACAAGAUAUGAUGAAAAAAGAAAAAAAUAUAAACAUACGUUUGUUUAUGAAAAUUAAAAUAUUAAUAGAUGCUGCAAAAGGGAUUCAAUACCUUCAUUCAAAUGGAAUAUUACAUCGAGAUAUUAAACCUGAUAAUGUUUUAGUAUUAUCAAUAGAUGAAUCUUCAAAAGUAAAUGGAAAAUUAACUGAUUUUGGUUCAUCAAGAAAUAUUAAUAUGAUGAUGACAAAUAUGACUUUUACUAAAGGAAUAGGAACACCAACUUAUAUGGCUCCAGAAAUUUUACAACAACAAAAAUAUAAAAAAGCAGCAGACAUUUAUUCAUUUGGUAUUACUAUGUAUGAAACUUUUCACUGGGGUGAGUGUUAUCCAAAAUUAUUAUUCAAAUUCCCAUGGGCUAUUGCUGAUUUUAUUAAUAGGGGUCAAAGAAGAGAAAGACCAGACAAUAUCCCAGAACCACUUUACAAACUAAUCACACUUUGUUGGGCACAAGAACCAAAAGAAAGACUCCCGAUUGAUUCAAUUAUCGAAAAGUUAGAAUCGUCUAUACAAACUUGCUAA